AUGCCUCCGCGCCGUCGCUUCGCCUCUGGCUACCGCGGCGUUCGCGCGCGGCCAAGCGGCCGCUUCGACGCGGAGAUCCACUCCAGCGAGGAGUGCAUCCGUCUCGGGACGUUUGACAUGGCGCACGAGGUGGCGCGAGCCUACGAUGCCGUCGCCUGGCGCCUCGGCCGCUCCCGCCGGCAGAUGAACUUCCACGACGUCUGGACGCGGGAGCAGGCGGAGCAGCUCGCGCCGCCAUCGCCGGCCAUUACGCGCGAGCAGCAGCGUCGCCAACGGGAGCUCGAGCAGCGGCUCCUCAUCGCCGAGCGCGACGAGCGCCUCCGCCUCGAAUGGGUGCGACAGUUUCCCGAGGACGUCGCUGCGAUGGAGGCGCUCUACGCGCAGAAGGAGGAGGAAAAGGCGGCGGCGGUGAAGAAAAAGGCGAGCCGCGAGAAGCGAUGGGCGGAAUCCGCGGCGAGGAAGGCGGCGGGGGCCGAGAAGGCGGCGAGGAGGGAGGAGGAGAAGAAAAACGGGGCAGGGUCGUCCACCAUCAUUCUCUCCUCCUCGUCCUCCUUCGAGUGGACUUCACCGCCGGUGUCCGAGACGAAUCCGAGUAGCCACUCGUCCGACUUCGACUGUGAUUCGGAGUAG